AUGGAGGAAUGUCAAAAUUCUGCACCGGAAAGGACCGAGAAAAGUGCUGUGUUUGAGAGCCCGGUGAUUCUGCCCCUCCCUGAGAAGGAAUUGGAUGACGGGGGAGUUUACAAGGGGGAUCAACCCAACGACCGUAUUCUGAAAGUUUCAGAAAUAUUACGGAAAAGCUUAGAGAUGGACGUCGGAGAAAAUGGUGUAACGAGCAAUGACGAUGUUUUACAUAGCAUGACAGAGAAUGGGUGCGACGUCACGCCACAAUCCCCUACAUUCCGAAGUUCCAUCACAAUUCAUUUAACUCCCUUUGUGGAAUAUCUCCAAUCACCUGAUACUGAAAGUACAUCUAAUGAAAACAUUGAUAUAAAAACUGACCAGGCGUUUCAUAACGAAGGUCGACAGACCGGUGACAGUGAUCAAGUACUUGAACAAAAUAUUGACAAGAUUAUCAGUAAUUCCUGUAUGAGUGGUAUGGAGAACCCAUUAUGCAACGGCGACACUGCAGAUAUGAAGGAGUAUGUAUCUACAGGUGUUGCACAGGAAGGAGAAGGUGAAGAGCUUGUGAUAGUUCAAAAAGUGAAAUACCAUCGAGGAAAUAGCAACAUUGAUGAAUAUAUUGAAAAAGCUAAACAUCUGUCAAUAAAAAGGAAUGGAUUUUCAGCAGGUGUGUCUAAUAGUGGUGAUAAAGCUGCACAAAAUGGUGACCUCUUUAACGGAAGUGAUAAAAUUGACCAAGGAUUAAUGGAAGUGAAGAAAAAUGUAGAACUUUUAUCAUUUCAUGAAAAACCAUUGAUAGCCAGUGAUGAAAUAAGACCAACAGAACAAGAGCGGGAAAAUGUGGAAGAACCUUUAGGAAUCCACGAGGAAAUAAUACCGUCAAACACUGCCUCAGUUCACGCAGAAAACACUCAAGUGAAUCUGACUGUGGAGCAUACAGCUGAUCAGGAAAAUAAGGUCGAUGAUUUAGAAAUAAAAGUACUUUCAGAAGUUAUGAAAAAAGAUGAAAUUCAGAGACAAACUUCCACAGAAGAACAGAGAGAAAAAACAAAGAAAAAACAUUCACCUUUGUCUAAGUUUGGAGUUAAAUUCAAUGAGGCGUGGAAAAGCAUCAAACCAAAACGAAAGGAGAGCAUGGAGAAAUCAAAAACUCGAGUGGCGGGGGCAUACGCAGCUGAACAUGAUUUCACUGUGAACCAUGUAUCUCCAACAAAAGAAAAGUCAGCUUUUGAAUGGGAGGAACCCAAUAGAACCAAAGUAAACAUUAUACAAACCAAUGGAAUUUCCUUCGAAGGAGCAACUCAAAAAGCUUAUGCAAUUUGUAAUGAAUAUGCAUGUGUUGUUCGAAAGCAAAGUUACUCUAAUAAAAUUGAUGUGCCAUCUGAGUUUGUGGAGGAUAAGGAUAUUGAAUCCGAUACAAUUUCUGACAUUGAUGAGGAAUUGGUAACAAAACCUCUUCACAAUGAUGAGAUAUCAGAUUUUGAAGAUGACAUUGACGCCGAAAAGCAGGGCCCAGUGUAUGUGGGACUUAUUGUUAGAGAUGCAAAUGAAGGCGAAGGAAACCCCGCAGAUAUAGAAGGACUUUCUGAAAAUGUAGAGGAGCGUAUUACUGCAUCUGUUAACAGAGAUAUGCAGUAUGAAAAAACCAAGGAUAGCGUAAACAGUGAUGAUGACAUUAACACAGUUAGAAAUGAACUUGAAGCUUCAACAAAUGAUGAAGAAUCAACAAAUAUUGAGAUUUCCCACGAACAGAUAGUCGCAAAUGAAAACACAGGUAUGCAAAGUUUGAAAACCGAAGUUGAAGAAUCAACUGAGUCCACUCAGAAAUCUAUAUCACCCACUAAAGUAAAGAAAAAGAAUAGCAUAUUGAAGUAUCUGCUUCAUAGUCCUAAAAAGAGCAAAACGAAGAAGAAAGAUUCUCUGUCUGGCAAAACACAAGAAGUGACAGUCACCCCUGAUUCAAGAACAGAAACUGUAGCGACGUCAUCUGAGGACCAGCAAUCUAAAAAUACUUGUGCUGAUAAUACUCACCCAUAUCUGAUGUACGUAGAAUGCAGAGAAAAAGAUACAGAAUAUGCGAAAGAAUCUGAAAAAAGUAUUGAAUCGAAAGAGGAAAGUUCUUCGACGAAUUCUUCGACUGCAGAAUUUGAUGAAGUUGAUCUAAAUUCAACCUCUGACACACAUUCAAAUUUAAAUGUAAAAGAUGAAUUUAAAGAUUCAUCACUGAAGGAGGACAUUAUUCCCAGAGUAUCACAAGAAGAUGCUGAAUUACACGUCAAUAUGACAGAAAAAGACACAGGAAAUGAAAACGCAAAUUUUGCAUUUACAAGUCACAAAUAUGAACAAACAGAAAAUUCUGAUCUAGUAAAUACACAUUUGAACGAACAGGAUAUUUUGGAAUCUGAAGUUGACUCACAGUUGAUCGGAGAAAUAGAUGUUGACAAUAGUGGCAGUAAAAAUCUUCCACAGAAUAUCAAAGUUGAGGAAAAGUCUGAUGAGCCUCUUUCGAAUGAGUAUCCACUGCAAGAAAUUAAAGCUGAGCAAAAUUUGGAAGAUGUUCAAUUGAAUGAAAAUCAAGCUGUAGUUAUUGAUGUGACCUGUUCAGAUGAGGUCGAUUUCAGUGUCAAUGAUACCGAUCAUGAUAUAGAUAUGAUUCAGAGGCAAGAAAAAAGAAAACUUCCAGAUGAUGAAAACGAUUCUCAUGAGCUACAGAACCCUUCUGGAAGCCAUUCAGAGAGUGUUGCCACACCGUCACUAAGUGCAAAAUCCUCACCCACUCGAAAGAAGAAAAAGAAGCGAACAAAUAGUCUAAGUGCCAAGAUAUCAGAUUUCUUUGGAGUUGGGGAAUUCAGACGACGAAUAUCGACGACCUCUAACAAAUCAGACAAAAGCCCCCAAGAAGAAAAGAAUAUCUGGUCACCAAAUGAAAAGAAGACAGAGAGAAAACAAAGCGACUCUUCUAUACAUGAAGAAGUGGACAACGUCAUACCUGAAACAGAGACAGCAUGCUCUGAAAUUCAGGAAGAAAUUGUACCUGAACGUUCUUUGGAGGCAAAAAGUAUGCCAGCAUUAAAUAUCGAACACUCAGAUGAAGGAGCGGAGAAAACUAAGACUGAGGCAACUCAAUUGAGAAGUCGUGGACGAGGGAAGGAAAAAAGGCCCAAGAAGUCUUCUUUUCUGGAGAGUCUUGGUUUACAUACUGGUAAAAAUAAAAAGAGACCAGUAAUUAGCAGCCCAAUCAGACAACCCAACAGAAAAAGUUUAUUUGAUGAAGAGAUCCAGAUAGAUGUUGACCAAGACUUACAUAUCAUAUCUUUAUCAGAUGACGAAAAUGAUCCAAAUACAACACCAAGAAAAUCAAAAGGCAGCGAAGAGAUUACGAAAAUCUCAACGGAAGAGGUAGACAAAGACCCUGAUGAAGACAAAAUUGAGAAGACACUCUCCAUGGCAGUCGAUGAAGAAGAAAAGCCACAAAAAGAUAGCGAAGAGAGUAAUGCAAAAGAUAAUAACAAGGAUACAAAUUCUGAAGAGAUCACAGAUGCAGAUGAUUUGAAUUUAUCAAUAUCAAACGUUGAUGGCAAUAAUGAAAGUAAGCCGGAGAUCAAAAUAUGCAUGGUAGAAAGAAAAUUGAGUCCUGGUGAAUAUGUGUCAUUAGAGCAAACCCCAGAAAACAAAGAAAAAGCAGAAAUUGUGACUGAUUAUUUGAAAUUUGAGCAGGAAGAUUCAGAAUUAUCUCAAGAAAUGGAAGAAAAAGGAUUAACGCUACAAGUUAAUGGAGUGAAGAAUGGGGAGGAUUAUAAAUUAUGCGCUUCUGGGGUGGAAUCAUCGACUGAAAGUACAAAUUUGGAAAAGGUGAAUUCCUCAAAAUUAGAAGCUGGAACUGAAAAAGAAAUUAAAACUAUAGAAAAAGAAAAUGGUAAGGAAUCCACAGUAACUAACAGCAAAACAAACAAUAUCGACGAAAAAUGCAGUAUGAAUGCUACAAGUGAAGAGGAAUCCCUAGUGUUCAAUACGGAAUCAUUUCAAAAUGUUGAUAAUAAAGAAGUCAAUAAUGAAGAUAUCGACAACAGUUCACCCUUAAAUGAAGGGGCUAAAACCGUUGCAGAAAACGAAAAAUCAGCAAAUGUUACAAGUGUUCCCUGUGAAGACGGUCAAAAUAUUCACCAUAUCACUGUAAAAGCGACCAUCGAAACACCUCCUGUGUCAAAUGAAAUUGAUUUAUGUGAAAUGAUGAAGGACCAUGUCACAGAGUGUGAACCAUUAUGCAAUGAUGCGGAAUAUGACAGCAUAAAGGUAGAAGAUGAAAGGACUGUAGCAAUAGAAAACCCUAAUUAUUGUGCCACUUGUCCAGUUGAAAACAAAUUGCCCCCGGAUAUAGUUGACGAUCUUCAUUCACAAGUUGAUGUUGACGUCAAUGGAAAGAACGAUUCUUUGACAUUACCUACAAUCAAAGCAUCGAAGGAGGAUAAGAAAUCGUCAUCAGCAGCUGCUCGAUCAGCAAGUAUGGAGGAAUUAACCGUACAUUCUAGUCACAUUUACGAAGAAAUUGAGAAAAAGAGACCAAUUAUAUAUAGAAGAUUUUCGGAUAAAACGGAGAAUAGAAAAGUGAUUUGUACAAGUCCGGAACCAGAAGGAAAGAAAGUGAAGAAAAAGAAAUCUCGCAGCAGCUCUUUUUCGGAAUUUUUUAGGAAUCCAACCAAAUAUAAAAUGCCAGCAUGGAGAAAUAAAAAACCCAAAGAACAUCCAAAGAACAAAGAUGGCGAUGUAAUCAUUCAAGCAAGUUCGUCUACAUCUAUUCUAUAUAUGUAAUGGACUUAACUACAUGGAAACGACAGUGAUUGUUGGAACGUCUUGUGAUUGGAAAUUACUUUCGAGAAAUCUUAGAAUUUAAGAGUUCCAGGAAUCAUACAAGAUACUUGUUCAAAUUUUGAUUUCGAGGGAAGUGAACAAGUUCUUUGUCCAGAAUCAAUUCUAGUGGCGAAAAAUGAAAAUGUUUUAAUAUCUCCAAAAGUGUUCUUAAACGAGUAAUGACAGGAGGAAACGGGUACAAGUACACUCUCUUGAGUAUGUGUAAAUUGUCAUCAGUCAAUAAUCAUUACAUCAUUAUAUUACCAGUAUGUAGAUAUAUUUUACUUAUCAUUUUAAAAUAGUCAAGAUUACAAGUAAAUAUUUGUAAGGUAAUUCAAAGUUAUUUGAAAUCAAGUUUAAUGAAUUAAUCACGAUUGAUUAAAUAAUAUUUCUGUAUUUUAUUUUAAAUUAUGAAACUGUAAAAGCAAUUCGGUGAAGUGUUACUGGUAUAUCAAAAUUGUAAUGAUACUGAUAUGGAAAAGAACAUUUAGUAUAUUACUAAUCUAGUAACAGUAUUCAACAAUCAGUGUAAAUAACAUCAUUCAAUAUAGUGCUAUAUUUAUGUUUUUUAACAUUGUAAAGUCUGAUGUACUUAUAUCUAUGUAGAAAUCAACCA